AUGUCUUUGAGACGACCACCUAAAGGAUGGACUGCGGACACGUCUGAGCCGGCGAACAAGCCCGAAAUGUUCAGACUGAUUCGAAAGGCCUCCAUGAUCAAUGCAGAGACCGGAGAACGGGUCCAUGCUGACGCUGUGAGGACGUCCUCGCCGCCCGCAUCACCCUCGGCGAGCCGAAGUAACGCCGGUUCUACAGAGUCGUUUUGGACAUCUUUUUCAGAGAUCUCGUCACUCAAUAUUUUAAAGUGUGCGCUUGCCUAUACAAUUGCCUCGUUGUUUGUCUAUACGCGGCUAUCUGCGUUUUUGGGCACUACCGCGUCUAAACACACCAUAGCUUCGGUGUGUGUGUAUUUCCACCCGUCCAGAACAGUCGGCGGUAUGCUCCAGGCAAUUGCUUUUGUAUUUGGGAUGCUGUGCUGGUCUUUGAUUGUUGUAUUCGUUGCAAUGGCAGCCUGCCAUGGCUUUUACGACCUCAACUGGGCCCACGAGGGAGCGACGUUUUUGCUGAUUCUGUUUUCCGGCUGGGCUUUUGGAAUGAUCGGAUACUUUAAGGUCAAAGUAAGUAUACCAACAUUUGAUACAGCUUGCUCUGUUGCUGUUAUUUUUCUGGUCUCUGUGCUGUUGAAAGAGGACGACGUCCAGCAUGGCAUAAUGUCUGUGGACCAGCUCUUCACUUACUUGAUCAUGGCACUGAUUGGGGUAGCCAUUGCUGCCUUGGUAUGUGUUUUGAUCGGUCAAGUAAGAGCAGAGACCCUAGUCAAACAAGAUUUGGCCCGGCUUGUCGAACUAUACUCGAUCGCUCUUGAAAUGAACCUGAAUCGGUUUCUGAUGGGACGGUCAACAGCGGGCGUCGACUACGACAAGUUGCUCAAAGAGAUCAACGUGAAACUCAAAAAGCUACGGAACAACCUUGUGCAUGCCAAGUAUGAGCUCUACUUGUUUAGGCGCCGACAAGAGUUCACCGUUUUGAGUGAAAUCGUCAGCGCACACGAGAGACUGAUGUUACAUUUGAGCGGUCUCAGUCACUGCACACACGUACAAGCUGACCUUCUCGUUGCCAAACCUUCACCUGGUGAUAAUUCGAGUUUCAUUGAUGGGCAAAAAGUCUCUCCGAGUAUUCUGUUUAAAAUCUUCAUUCAGCAUCUAGGGCCCCCCAUGAGCUCUUAUGUGGCAACAACGAGUGGAAUUCUUCGCCAGACACACAUUGAUGAAACACGGAUCAAUCCAAAAUACCGCAUGAAUCUACUAGCUGCUCAAGACCUGUAUGCUAGUGCCCGAUCACGAGCGCUGCGGACUGUUUACAAGCACCAAGCAUUUGCUUCAGAAGCUGUAACAUCUGGAGAUGACGAGGCCAUAGUGGCAACCUGCGGUUCGUUCAGUUAUCUGCUUGUUGAAUUCGCCGAGGAGCUUGAACAAAUGCUGGAACUUGUUUCUUACUAUGAAAGUCUGUAUGAUGAGACACCUCUUAAGCCACCAACAGUCCUGACUAGCCCGCCAACUGUUCAGACUUUCAACACUGUGGCUAACACACUAUUUCCUCCUAAGUCUGCUGAUACAACGUGGCGCUAUCGCUUUUGGAGGGUUUUGCGAAACUGCAACCGACCGGAUGUUCGGCACGGUAUCAAAGUGGGGAUUGGUGGAAUGCUUAUCGCUAUUCCUGGAUACGUUCCAGCCAUAAGACCUUACUUCAAAAGCGUAAGAGGUGAAUGGGCUGUUAUUACUUAUAUGCUUAUUAUGGCGCGAAAUCUUGGUGCCAUGACAACAAAUAUUCCGUAUCGAGUGAUUGGAACUUUUACGGGUGCUCUACUAGCCGUCACUUGCUGGCAAAUAUCCCAUGACAGUCUAUGGCUGAUAUCUGCUGGUUCUGUUAUAUCGGUGUUUUGUUUUCACAUUAUCCUUGGCCAGAAUAGACCGGCUUUUGGGCGGUUCAUUCUACUCACAUUCAACCUGGUGGCAUUAUUCAGUUAUUCUUUGCACAAAGAUAACUCCACAAACGACGAUGAAGAUGCUAUGGAUACAAUCACUGGAGUGGCUUUCCAGCGCGCAACUGCUGUCUUGGCGGCCAUCAUUUGGGCAGUUUUUGUUUCGGUGGCUAUUCUUCCAAACAGUGCCCGUCUCGCGUUGAGGCGGGGAUUCAGUGUCCAAUGGAUGCGGAUGGGGAUGAUCUGGAAAUCAGACCCUCUGGCCACGUUACCCCGUCGUGAAAAUGGCCAGGACACCUACUUCGUUCGAGGUGUAUCGGGCGAGCUAGAAUUGCAAAGCAUGAUGUUGGAGCUAGAAACCCUUCUUGAACUUGCCCCGAAUGAGUUUCGGCUUAGAGGAACUUUUGAUUGCCAUCCUUAUCGCGAUCUUUACAAAGCCACCCAAGAAAUUUUAGGUGCUUAUCAUCAUUUGGCAAUUAUUUCCAGUCAAGAGGUUGCAGCCACUUCCAAAGAGGUCGAGCUGGUAGCAUACACUCAAGCUGAACGGAGCGAUCUGUGCAAUACUUUAUUUCUGCAAUUUUAUGCAGCAGCAAGCUCAAUCAGACUUGGAUUCCCUGUUCCCGAAAAGCUUCCUGUUCCUCGUCAGACCAUUGAUGAGAUGUUCCGCAAGCUACAAGAACAUCGCCGUUCACUCAGUGAUGAGGCUCUAGACUCUGGAAGUGACGAGGAUUUUGUUCUAUUCUACUCUUACUUGAUGGUGACCGUCACGGUUAUUGAGCAGUUGGCUGCCGUCAACGACACUUUACGCACUCUCUACGGUGUUAUGGAUACUGAUAUUUUGUUUUCCUAA